CUGUGUGCUGCCUGAACUGCUCCUGCCUUUGCAAACGCAGGGCUGAUACUUGACCUGUGAUCUGACAAAUUGAUUUCCCAGAACAAGAUAAUUUUUUUGGCUGGAUUUGUGCUAAAUAUAUCCCCAACUGGGCUUCCAAUCUUCGAAUGCGGAGAUUCCAGGAGAGAGGUGCUCCUGGUCUUUAACGUUCCUCCUUUUGUUCCGUGUGCUUCAGGAAGAUGGAGAAGAUCACCAACCACCUCUUCAGGUACAAAAACUACAACUUUAGCAUCGGUCUCACUACUCCAAAGCACAUCGACUCCCUGCAGAGCUUUGAAAUCCGAGACAGUGACGUCUUCCUCGUCACUUAUCCAAAGUCAGGAACCAUAUGGACUCAACAGAUCAUCAUAUCUAUCUGCAAGUCAGACGGCGCUCUGCCUGAAUAUCCAAACAACCUGGAGCAGAUGCCGUGGCUGGAGUACACAGAGGGGAAAGAGGAUUUCGCCCUGCGACCCUCCCCCCGACUCUUCUCCUCUCACCUCACCCCGGCUCUCAUGCCCCCGGGCCUGAGGGACAAGAAGGCCAAAAUAAUCUACGUGAUGCGGAAUCCAAAGGACAACAUCGUCUCAUAUUUCCACUUCAGCAGCCACUGCGGCAGCCUGGAGACCCCCAAGAGCUUCGAGGACUUCUUUGAGCAGUAUCUGAAGGGAAAUGUCGUAGCUUCAUCCUGGUUUGACCACAUAAGGGACUGGCAUUCAGAGAGAGACCAGUACACCAUCCUCUUCCUCACCUACGAGGACAUGAUUCUAGACCUUAAGGGGGCAGUGAUUAAGAUCUGCAACUUCUUGGGGAAAAACCUGAGUGAAGCGGCCAUUGACCGAGUUGUGGAAAAAGCCACAUUCGACACCAUGAAGAGAGACUCAAGAGCCAACUACACGUUUUUGCCAAAAGAUAAGGUGGAGAAAGACUUCAUGCGCAAAGGUAAGAUCGGCGACUGGAAGAACACCUUCACCGCCGCUCAGAGUCAGAGGAUGGAUCGCCUGAUGCACGAGAGACUCGGAGACACCUCUCUGCACUUCAUCUGGGAGUAGACCAAUGUCUAAAGAUACAACAAUGUAUUCAAAUGAAAUAAAAUGUAUUUCGGGGUAGACUCAGUUCUUUUAU